UUCCAGUAGGCAGCGCUCGUGAUCAGGCCUUCGAACCUGCGCGAUGACUCACGGGAUAGCAGUCUGAGCUGUGACGAGACAGGGUGACAACCCAGAAGAUUGUUGCGGUCUUGGGAGCUGUAAAAACGGCAGUUUUUCACUCAAAUUUAGACUCCGGUGUUUGAAGAUGAGCCGACAGACGAUAAGCGGGAAGCCGAACCGGCACACGCCCACGAGCAGCGCCACAUCGACCCAGGACCUGGCGGGGCUGUUUGAGUGUCCGGUGUGCUUCGACUACGUCCUCCCCCCCAUCCUACAGUGCCAGAGUGGACAUCUGGUGUGUUCCAGCUGCAGACCUAAACUCUCAUGCUGUCCAACAUGCAGAGGACCACUGGGCAACAUCAGAAACCUGGCCAUGGAGAAGGUAGCGAGCACAGUCAUGUUCCCCUGCAAGUACGCGUCGGCAGGGUGUCCUGUUACAUUGUUGCACACAGAAAAGCCAGACCACGAGGAGAUCUGUGACUUCAGACCGUACUCGUGCCCGUGUCCGGGGUCCUCCUGUAAGUGGCAGGGUUCACUGGACGCAGUCAUGCCACACCUGACACACGCACACAAGUCCAUAACAACACUACAAGGAGAGGACAUCGUGUUCCUGGCCACAGACAUCAACCUGCCUGGGGCUGUGGACUGGGUCAUGAUGCAGUCCUGCUUCGGACACAACUUCAUGUUAGUCCUGGAGAAACAGGAGAAGUAUGAUGGGCACCAGCAGUUCUUCGCUAUCGUACAGCUAAUAGGUACCAGAAAACAGGCUGAGAACUUUGCCUACAGACUGGAGUUGAACGGCCACCGGCGAAGACUGACAUGGGAAGCCACGCCCAGGUCAAUCCACGAGGGCGUGGCGUCCGCCAUCAGCAGUAGCGACUGCCUGGUGUUCGACACCAACAUCGCCAGACUCUUCGCAGAUAACGGGAACCUAGGAAUCAAUGUCACCAUCUCUACCUGCUGAGAUGUGUGUUAGUAGCCAGGCCGUAGGCCUAGGAAAAAAAUGUUGUGUUUCCUGUUUCCCUAGAGAAAAACCUGCCAACCCUAGACUUUUUUGGUUGGGCUGUGGAGUCACAUAGCUUCCAGUUGGAAUUUUUAUUCAGCCUGCUUCCUAUUGAAGUAAAAACACUGUUUGGCCUAUCUAAUGAAGGAUGAAAGUGCAAAAUGGCACAAAAGUUUCACAUUGAAUGAAAGACAAGUGUCGCAUUUCAGCUUACUUUGUUCAACUGUUUUGGCCAGCCUAAGAAAAUCGCCAGAAAAAGAAAAAGGAUAAUCCUUAGCCCUACCUACCGACCCUAAUUUAUUCUGGACUGAAACAGGAAACACAUUUUUUCCCAGGCCUUACCAGUUCUCUCUUUGGUUCUCGGAGUCUGCCACCUCUAAAUGUGCAAUUAGAAAUAAAAAAGAGAGAGACAGCUGACGUGUUGUCAAGCAUAAAUGUAAUUUUACAUCUCAAUGGUCUAGUUAUGUACAGAAAGACUUCCAAGAACCAGGAGUUUGAGCUUGGUGUGGCCGACAUGUUUCUUUCUGUUGUUUCUUUUGUGUAUGAUCUGAAGAAUGAUAGCAUAAGAGCCUACUACAGACAGUGAGUAUACCUGAUUAUUGUGUACUAUAUAAAUGCCAUUCAAAUAACUGUUAUGUGCCUAAACUUCUCUUACUGUAUCUGACCAGCUUUUCAAGCUAGAGUAAUGCUUAUAUGCUAUAAAUGAUGCAAACAGAACUUAUUUAAACUAUAAAAGACUAAAUUAAAAGGAAAUAUGUCAAAUUUGUGUGUAAGUAUGAUUUUGUACUAUCGGGACUUCCAAUUCAGAAAGUUUUAAUGAUACCGGGUCUUUUGGUAAAGUUCUGUUUCAAAGAUGACCAGUUGUGACUUGCAAAUAUCCUGUUCAAGUCUAACACAGGAAAAGAGACGUUUUGUUUUUGCCUUUCUGGGACAAGAGAAGAUGUUGCUGACAGAGAGACAUAUCAUGGACUGAUUUCAAAAGAAAUCUACAUCCCCGCACAAGAGUUAGAGCCAGUAGACCAUCCCUAGUUAGAUGGCAGCAAUAUCGCUUGUUCUGGCCAGUAUUGUGUGAACUUCUCACUGAAGAAGUUUCAGCCACAGUUUGGAUAUAUGGCAGGAGACACACACACAGUCUCUUAUGUUGUGUAGAAAUGUGUAAAUGAUUUUUAAGCUGUCAGACAUAGGCUAUAUCUAAUAAGACAUUGUAUUAAUUAGCAUUUCUUAUAUCUUUGAUACAUAUGGAUAUUGUCACUGUUGCAGAGCCUUUGUUGUUUCAGAAGGAAAAGUGUGGACUUUGAUAGGGCUGUUCCAUUGAAAGUAUGUGUGGGGGAAUCAAAAUGAAAGCGUUUUGGUUAAGCAAUAUAUUCUAUGUUGGUAAAUGGUAGUCCAGAGUCUUUGCCUCUCAUCCUUUUCAAUGGAAUAGUCCUCAGAACGCUAUUAUACAUUAUGCUGGUUUAAUGCUGUAUAAAAAGAGGACUACUAUGACAAAAAUAUGCUGUAAAUUGCCACACUAGGACCAUUUUAGCAAUAGCAAGGAAACUGGCACAACUAUGUUCGCUUGCAUCAUAUUUUUCCAAUAUGUAUCUGUAUGUAUGUAUUCAUAAUUGAACUAUGAACUUUGCCCAAGCAGAACACUCGCCAAUUUUGUAUGUUUUACCUUGAAGCAGGAAUAAGGAAAUAAAAACAUUGACUAAUUUAACAUUUUGGUGCACAAACUUGCAACAAAUACAUCAUACUUGACUCUGCUAACUUUAAUAUCUUUGACAUAUCCUUUCCAAAAUGCAAGUUUGGUCAAAUAUUUGCACUUCUGAAAAGAAAAAUAGUUGGAUACAAAGACUUUCUAUGGCCUACUCUAUGUUUUGUUUAUUUGCUGUUCCAGAUUCAGUGCCAUCUCUUGUAUCAAUGAAUUGUCGAAACCCCAAAAGUUGAACAUAUUAUCUUAUUUUUUGCUUCCUCCGCUGUAUGGUAACAAAUCUGUACAGCAAAAAGUGUAGAUUUAUUGAAACAAAAAACCAUAUUAAAGGGAUAGUCAACCCCAGAA